AUGCUCUUUUCCCGCACUUGAAGUAUUAACAAAUGUGUCAGUGUAUGUGUGUGUGUAAUUAUAACAGAGGUUGAGGGUUGGUUGUGGGUGUAUCUGAGGAGCAAAGGUGAAGGAGAAUUCUCUCGGCAUUACUUCUCUCGGCAACAUCGAGUCUGUCAUUGAUUUCUGGUGUAGUACGAGGGGCAGACACGUCGAGGUGGCCGUGGGAUCAGUUUCACCAGUGCCAGGUACUAUUUCACCCUUGUAGACCUCCGUCAUGGACUUGCUUUUGUGUGGAUGAUGGGUGGUGGAGUUAAGUGUCAACAGCCGAGUCCCCCAAACGACUAGCACUAAGCAUCAAGACAGCAGCAGCAACUAACAAAAUAGCAGGGUAGUCACUCCUUCCACCCCUCCCCAGGCCUCGUGUGUUAGUGGUGGUAGGUCCAGUGUCAGUCAGUAGUGGCCCACUGGUGUGGCCCAUAGUACUGGCACCGGCCCUCAGUUGAGGCCCACUGACUCCAGCCUACUGGCCCCAGGUGAUAGCACGCUUUUUGAAGCCCACAGCAAGCGGCCUACUGACUGAAGCCCAUCACGUCUGUAUCAUCUCACCCCGCAUGAUACAAUGGCGACGGAGGCGCAGCGGCGGCUCUUGUGUCCGCGGCUGCUGGACUACAUGGUGGUGGUGGGGGCGCGCACCCCCGGCCGCGCAGCUCCUGUACAACCCCCGGAGCUACUGCGCAGGUAUCCCCCUGACGACCACAAGGACUUUCCCCUGCCCCUGGACGUGAUAUACUUCUGUCAACCUGAAGGAUGCGUGUCUGUGGGACCCAGGAAGACCUCUUUGAGGGAGGCCACAUCCUUCGUCUUCACACUCACCGAUAAGGACUCUGGAAAGACUCGGUAUGGCAUUUGUGUCAAUUUCUACCGUGCUGUUGAGAGAGGGACUGCAAGUGGCUUAUCUACAACAAGAGGACGAGAUCGUGGAUCUUCGUUUAAGCGAGAGUCUUGGAGAACAAGCUUGGAUAAGAGCUCCGAUUCUGCCUUUUCUAGCGACCAGCGUUCAACACUAGCACCAAGUGAUAGUGAGAGGGAAUGUCCACCCUCUCGACGGGAUUCAGAGUCCACCUCGCCAGCAUCUCGUCUUGGAGUCAAUGUUCCCGCUAAUGAUUCAGACACAGGUGGUUCACACUCUCCUUCACCCAGAGCUGCUAGGAAGAGACAGCGUGUUCGGAAUCACUCGCUUACUUCGCUGUGUAUCCUCUCACACCAUCCAUUCUUCAGCGCCUUCCGUGAGUGUCUCUUUCUGUUGCGACGAAUGAUUGAUGCUUGUAACGAAAAUGCCUCUCCCAGAAGAGUUGGAGCAUCACGCCAGAACAAUAGAGAUACAGUUUGGAGUGUGAUGACAGGCCGACCACACGAUGGUAUUCCCAGUAUCAUCAUGCAUGACGUUAGGGAGAUCGAGACGUGGAUCUUGCGGCUCCUCUCUGCUCCCGUGUGCGUCCCUGGCAAAACCCGAGUUGAGUUGGAGUUGCUGCCGAGGGAGCUCCAUGCACCACUGACGUUUGCCUUGCCAGACCACACUCGCUUCUCUCUUAUAGACUUCCCUCUUCAUUUGCCUCUCGAGCUUCUAGGUGUUGAGUCCUGUCUAAAAGUGCUCACAAUCAUUUUUCUAGAACAGAAGGUGUUGUUACAGUCCCGGGACAACAAUGCUCUCUCAAUGUCUGUGCUAGCCUUUGUGAGCAUGAUCUACCCACUAGAGUACAUGUUUCCAGUCAUUCCGCUGCUACCGACGUGCAUGAAUUGCUCAGAGCAGCUCCUUCUUGCUCCAACUCCUUUCAUUAUUGGAAUUCCAGCCUCAUUCCUUCUUUACAAGAAACACUUUGGGCUUCCGGAUGAUGUGUGGUUGAUAGACCUCGAUGCCAACAAGAUCACAUCACCUCCGGCCUGUGAAGAAAUUCCUCCCCUCCCAGAACCAGAAUGUACCAUUCUCAAGAACCAUCUGAAGCAGAUCCAUGGCCUCUACCAGACUAACUGGUAUUCAAAAUUUCAUCAACUAACUAUCGAAGCCGGGGCUAUAAAAUCUAUGGAUGAGGCCCUGGCAAGUAUGUCCCCGCAGCCACCUCCACCCAGGAGCAUGGAGGAGGUGCAGAGAGAGAAGGCACAGCAGCAGUACUCUCCUGCCACACAUUAUAAUCCAUUUAUAUAUGGCAAUGAUGUGGACUCAGUUGAUAUUGCCACAAGAGUUGCAAUGGUGCGAUUUUUCAACUCACAAAACAUUCUUGCCAAUUUCACGGAACACACUCGCACUCUUCGUCUGUACCCAAGACCUGUGGUAGCUUUCCAGAUAAACUCUUUCUUGAGGUCCAGACCCAGAGCAACACCUUUCCUCAACAUGUUUGCUCGUACACAGGCAGUAGAAUUUCUAGCAGAGUGGUCCCUAACCCCUUCAAAUAUGGCCUUUCUAAGGGUAAACACCGGAGUCUUUGAUCCUACGUUAAUAGGCGAUAAGAGCAAGUGGUAUGCCCACACCCUUGAGCCCAUUGGAUUCCGUGUUUGGCAGGAUGGCAGCUCCCUUGGUGCAACCCUGAGAGCAGGCACACGCGUUGACAAUCCUCCCACUGAUGAGAGUGGGAGUGACUCAGAGGGUGGGGAAAGCACCAGUAGCUCCUAUUCUUCUUUAAGUGAUUUUGUGUCAGAAAUGCAGUCUUCUGACCUCUCCCCAGGAUGUGGAGCAGCAACAGAAAAAGAGAAAGCUACAUUAUCGUCUGGUCUAGACCCUCGAUCUGUCUUUCACCCUCCAUCCUGUCUUCAGCUCCCUGGAGCUGCUUCCUCAGAUUCUGCAGCACUAAGUCAUGCCGGAUCUAUGUCAACAUCCUCAUCACGAUCAUCAUUGUCCUCUGCUGACCAGAGAGAUGACGAGGAUGAAGAAACUGGAGAAGGUGUAAUGAAGUUGGAAGACGCUGAGAACCUCAUAGCACCCACACCCACACUACAUCCAUUACCUCUCCGCACAGAAACACUGGAAAAGAGUGAUGAAGUCUUCACACCUGAGAGCGACUCUGCAACAACAACUCCAAAAACAGUGGUGAGCAACAACCAGUCUCCACUUCCACAUAUAAGCCCAACACCUUCUGUUAGUAGCGAUGCCUCCAUAGCAACUUCCUCUUCAGAACGUGACAGACCUGCCACUCCUCGCCCCAGGACAUUCUCUAAGGGGGCUAGUCCAACACCACAGAAGCAGAGCUCCUUCAGCAGCAUGCUGGCUCGAGCCUCCAGUUUUGGGUCUGGAAGCUCAGGAGGAGGACCAACGAGACAGUGCUCUCAAAACUCGCUGUUGGAUCAGUUUACCUAUUCUGCCAAGGAGAUGAUGAAGGAAAAACAAAUCUCACAGGAGGGAUCCUUUCUCUCACAAGUAGAUAAGUUAACGGAACAGUUCCGUAGUCAAGUGACGGAACGUCUAGAGGUAGUGAAGCAGAGUAGUGGUGAGGAAGGGUCGCUGCUCAACCAGAUGGACAAGUCCAAUCCUGAGACAAGUGGCCAGCCGCAAAAGGAAAGACAAGAAGAGGCAACUUCUUUCUCCAGUUUGGCUGACCAGCUGACAGUGCAAGCAAAGCGGGUAGCUGAGGAAGCCACAAAGUCGGUUUCGGUAGCCAGUAAACAGGCUAUGGAGGCCAGCAAACAUGCUCAGCAAGCCAGCAAGUCAACAUUUGAAGAUCUCUCCUUCAUGGGUAAACAUACUUUUGGUGACAUAUCCAAAACAGCACGAGAGGCAGCCAAGAAGGGUAGCAUUUUCUCCAAGGUCAGCCUCAAGGCCCUGGAGCUUCGAGAAUCUUCUUUGGAUGGGAAGUUAAGUGGAGUUGGUCCAGCCAUCAGCAGCAGUGUUGGCAGUGGUGCUACAGCAGAAGUUGGUGGUGGAGGAGGAGGAGGUAUGAUGAUUGGAGCAGGAGGGAUAGGUGGUAGAGUAGGAGGAGUAGAUAAAGGAGGAGGAGGAAUAGGAAGCAGGAGGAGCAGGAGGAGUAGGAGGAGGAGGAAUAGGAGGAACAGGACUAACUGGAGGUGGUUUGGGAGCUCCACCACCUAUCCCUCAUGAACACCUCCCACUAGUGUGCCUUCUUCAUCCCCGCCUACACACCUGCGAGGAUUGCCUCCCCCACCCCCUCCAAGAUCACCCAAACCAUCUCUCCAGAGUCAGCCAUCCAUCCCUGCACAGUUACCCAUCCAGCCACAGAUGAGUCCUGCCCAUGCACAAACUAGUAGACAUGACGCCUCACCAGGGAGACUGUCUGCCGCCACUUCCUCAAGUACCAGUAUUGGUGGUACAGACAGCAGCAGCUGUGCAGGUGUUGCCGUAGGAGACGGGAGUGAAGGCAGUGUUGGUAUGAGCAUUGGCACGCGUCGCCAGAGUACUGUCAGUAGUUCUGAGGCUCGCUCUCCUACAAUGACAUCAUCCACUUCACGAGAUUUUCUCUCAAAUGUUAGCUCUGAGCUUAAUGAUUUUGCACAGCAGACAUCCAGCUUGUUUAGUGACAUAUUUGUGCAAAAUGGCCAUGUUGGUUCUGAAGCUGCAGCAGUCGCAUCUUCACAGCGUAGACUCAGCCGCUCCUUGUUUCGUGCACGUGGACCUGGGAGUCGCAGUGUGAGUCCCUCCAAUCUAGUCGCAGGCACCACCAGGACCAGGGACAGGGCGCAGCCUUUUGGACCUUUCCCCAAAGGACGGAAAGGCUUAGUGGAGAAAUCAUCGUUGAUUCGGCACUCUGUCUCUGCUCAAAGACGUGCAGAACUUAAUAAAAUUGCAAGCAUAGAACAGAGAACAACUUCAGCAUCAGAAAACCAAGCCUUCUUGAAAGAUGUUCUGACACAGGUGAUUGAAGGUGAGGGCAUUGGUUGGCUAAAACUGAACCGUGUGAGAAAAUUAAUGGAAGACGAGAGCUACCGCAUGCUGGUCGUGUCAGGGCUCAAUCGCACACUUGAAAGGAAGAUAGGACCAGAUGAUCAUAUAAAUGAUGUUUGUGUUAAGAAGCCUGUUUGGAAGGGGAUGCUGAAGUUAAUCAAUGCCGUUGUUGCCGGUUUGGAAGUGACUUAUAAUAACUUUGGUGUGGGAGGUACCUCCUCAGCUCUCCAGGCUCUGGAAAUUUCCCAUACUCAUUAUUGGAGUCGUGACCUCUCUGACCCACAUGCCAUGGAGAUGUCAGGUGGCUCUUCUGCCCUCUCUCAGUCUUCCAGUCCCUUGGGCAGCCUUGAGAACCUACGAUCCCCAGGUAGUCCCAGAGGGUCUCCCCUUCCCCCCCACUCACCUCAGCCACCAUAUGAAAGUUCUGAUUGUUCUCGAAAAUCUUCACAGUCUGACAGUCCUUUUCUUACAUCUGGUCCUCGAGUGGUGCAUGACCCUCUCAGGUCACCAGAAGCUGAAUCUGCAGAGACGGCAGCCUCUGAUGUUUUACGUGACCUUCUGGUGCAGAAGAGACAUGUCUUACUUUCUAAACUACAGUCUCAAGACUCUGAAGCAGGAGAUACACUACAAGGCUCUGAAGGUCCUCCUUCAUGUGGUGCUAGUGAUACGGGCUCCAUCAUAACCAACCCCGCUUUCCAGCGACAACGUCUCUCACACCAGUCAUUCCGGUCCACUGUCUCCGAUUCAGAAAUUGAACAAGGCAAUGUGAGACACUACUUUUUUAUACUCUUUGUGUUUGCUUUCCAGCUUAUUCAUAUUCAUAUGAGAGAAACUAUAACAUACCUCUUUGAAGGUCUUAUAGGUAAGGAGAGAUCACCACUCUGGGACCAGAUGCAGUUUUGGGAAGACUGUUUUCUAGAUGCAGUUGCUCAGGAGAGAGACAUGGUGGGGAUGGACCAGGGACCAAGUGAAAUGAUGGAGAGAUACAAUAGUCUGAGUGAAUCUGAACGAAAGCGUUUGGAGCACGAGGAGGACAGAUUACUAUCCACAAUGCUCUACAACCUUGUUGCCUUUAUGGUAAUGGUCAAUGUUCGUAAAGAAGACAUUAAGAGGAAGGUGCGCAGGUUACUUGGCAAGUCACACAUUGGUCUUGUGUACAGUCAAGAAGUUAAUGAACUACUUGAUCAGAUAAAUAAUUUGCAUGGCAAUGACAUUGACUUAAGACCUCUGGGAUCAAGGCAGAUGCACCGCCAGAGCUUCACUGUUCAUUCGGGUACUGAUGCAUCAGGUGAUCUGCUUUUCCUAGAAGUUCGUGAUGAUGGCCUUAUAUUAAGAUCAGUUGGAGGAGUUAUUGUUGAGCGGUGGUGGUUUGAGCGUCUUGUCAAUAUGACAUAUUCACCUAAGAAUAAAGUUCUCUGUUUGUGGCGUCGUAAUGGAGGUCAAACUCAGCUACACAAAUAUUACACGAAAAAGUGUAAAGACCUCUACUACUGCAUUAAAGAGUCAAUGGAACGAGCUGCUGCCAGGGGUGUAGGAGCUCUACCAGGUGUAGAGCUUGGUGGAGAAUUUCCUGUUCAAGAUAUGAAGACUAGUGAAGGUGGCCUUCUGCAGGUGUGCAUGGAAGGUGUGGGAUUACUCUUCGCCACUAGCAAGUUCUUUGUUCGGUUGGACCAUAUCAGAAAGUGCUUCACCCAGAAGGGAGGAGUAUUUGUGUUGGAAGAGUACAAUCCCAAAACUCGCCAUGUCAUACAACGGAAAUACAAAUCUGCAAUGGCAGACCAGAUUUGCUAUGCAGUACUGUGUGUGUUCUCGUACAUGGCUGCAGGCAGUGAACAGAAGAAAAUGGAAGUGGCCCAAGAACAUGCUAAACUUGCUGCAGCUGCUGCUGCUGCUGCUGCUGCUGCUGCCUCAGCUGCUGCCUCUCAUAGGAGGCAGUGAACAAAGAAGCCAAGAGUGUGAUUCAUAUGCAGCUUCAUAUAUGUAUGAACAAGUGUUUUCAUUGAGAGUAAAUAAAAGUUUCCAUGAUCAGAUAAUACAAGUUACUGAAAUUUACUACAUAGUUCUCAAAACCUUCAGGAAGAGGUUAGAUAUAUUUACACAUAAAAAUUUUGCAGUUGGUGAAUAUUACAUAUUCCAUUGAAAAAAGUAGAGGUACACACGUAUAUUUCAUUUAUAAUCAUGAUCAAAAUGCAAUAACAAUUAUAGUACUGUAGCUUUAAAAUUGCAAUGUAUAAUGGUAAAUAUUAAACUUAUCAGGAAUCAAAUUCUUAACAUUUUUAUGAUGAAUAAUUAAACUAUUACUCGUGAUUAUUUAAAUUAACAUUCCAGUUUGUCUCAGUUAAAUUAAUUAAUAGGAUUGUAUUCCUGAUAAAGCUUAUUUGGAAAUAUUUUACAGCUUUUUUCAUUUGAAUAUCUUGAAAUAAAUGCAGUCAGUCAUACUAAAGAAAUUCAUAUAAAGGAUAAUUUACAAGCAGUGCAUGAGUCAUAAUUAUAAAGAAAUUUAUAAUAACACAAGCGCUCAUAAAAUAUAAUUGUUUAAGAAAAAAAUACUUUAAAGCUUUACCGUUAGUGAACCGAGGAUAAAUAUCAAAACUAAAAAUUUUUGGAUAGAUUUAUUGUACAUUUUCAAAGAACUCCAGUGCAUCUCUUCAAUAAACAAACCAAAGAAUUAGCCUACAAACUGCAACUAUGAUACUACAGGUCAGCCAUCACUAAUCCAGCAUCAUUGGGACCUGUAGUGUGCCAGAUUAGUGAGUUUGCCAGAUUACAGAAUGGUUAGGUAAGAAUACACUUAAUUAAUCUAUCAAUAGAGACUCUGCUACAUCUUCCUCAUUUUCAUCACUGCUUUCUCCUCUACUGGCUUCCUGCUGUGGAUUUACAACCAUCUGGACAAUUUCUGAGUCAGUAUAAUGAUGAAAUUUGAAAUUAUUCUAGCCAAAAUUAGUGCCUGAUUACUGAUGGAACCGGACAACUGAUUGCUGGAUUAGUGAUGGCUGACCUGUAGUAAUUUUAAACCCAACUGUAUCAUUUUAAUGUUAGAGAUUGUAUGUGAAGUCUGUAAAAAAAAAAAAUAUUUUGAUAAACACUGGUAGUGCACUGGUGCUGUAAAACUAGCAUGUAAUAAUUUUAGUAUACUUAAUAAUUUUUACAAUGGAUGUUGUAAAUGUUUUGAAAAUUAUGUGUAAACUAUUGUACAUUGUGUAGAUAAUUUGCAUACUGUUACUGUAAGUAAAUAUGUCUUGCGUGCAAGCCUAUAAAUGUGUACGUGUUUUGUUAUUUGAGUUCGUAAGGUGUGUAACUAGAAAUCAGUGCCUACCACACAGAUAUCUAUAUCUUAGAUGUAGACUAGUUUAGUGAAAGGUUGAAUGAUACUUCUUUUACCUAGAUUAGGUUUGUAGGUACUGUAUAUGAUCCUAUUAAAUUUUUUAUAAAUACAAUAUAUGGAGUUUGAAGAUAAAAAACAUAAUUUUUUACAGUGGGAUAUGAAUAAAUGUGAAGUAAAUAAUAUUGCAAUUCAGUAGCUAAUACUUUGUAUAAUAUUUCUUAAACAAUUCUUCUACAUAAAGUUGGCAAUAUUAACUCUUAGGUCUUUAAUUUCUCUCUUUGUAUGUGUUUAUGUAAAGUCUUACUCAUAGGUUACAAACAGCGUUAUUCUAGGUGAACAUAUUCUUCAGUAGUGCAAGACUUACUUGAAGCAAUAUAUUUAGCAAAAUUAUAAGCUAGAGGUUUUAAAUUUAAAAUUACAGUACAUCAUCAGUUAUCAAGAAAAAGGCGAGUCAAAUUUUUAAAAACAUUGAAUAAUCACAUUAUUUUUUUUUUAGUCCCCGUUGGUUGCACAUCCCUUUUUCAUGUGUUGAAGUGUCUGUACGAAAGAGAAAGUCGAUAAUUUUGGCUGCUGAUAAUCCAUGCUUUACUGUACUUGGUUAGUAAUUGUGGAGGUAAUAUUUCCAUCAGGUGCUUCAAACAUGUUGCAAAAGAAUUUAAUUGAGCUUUCUAUUAAUUAUGGCAAAUAUUUUACGAGCAUUUGUUGAAGUUUACAAUACUGUGUAUUUAUGUAUGUGCAUUAGAUAAAUACUGAGUUACAAUUGUAUACACAAAAUUUAUUUGUUGAUGCAAUAAUACAUGAAAAGAUAAUUACAAUAUAUUUUAUGUCAUCCAAAUCAUAAUGUUCUCCAAGUGCUGCAUGUAUCAGUUAAUACAUAAAGGAAUUUAUUUAUACAAUGUUUUAUACACACUAUUUUUGUAUUUAUAAGUACUUUGUAACAAUUUUGUUAUGUUGAUGUCCAGACCUUCACUAUUUUACAUUUAACCCAAGAGGAAGGUGCAUAAGUGCAACUUAGCUGUGUCAUACUGUGUAGUACUAGAGUACCUAGUACUUGUGUACUAUUUUGUAUGAAGGGUCAUAAAAGGAGGAGCAUUUGUGUGUAUGCCUUACUUGUUUUUUGCCUGCAUUAUCCUGUAUGAUGGUUCAUCAAAAGAGGAGAGUUCGUAUCUAUCCCCUGUUGCCUGUUCGUUUCUCUACUAUCCUGUAUAUCUCAUCAGAAGAGGGUUCAUAUCUAUCCCAUACCUGUUCACUUCUUACUAUCCUGUAUGAUGGUUCAUCAGAGGAGGAGGACUUGUAAGUACAUGUAUUACCUAUCUGCUCACAUCUGUACUUUCCUAUAUGAUGGUUUAUCAAAAAUGCUACCAUCACUUCCUAUUAGUUUUCCCUCCUGGGCUACAUUAAUCAUUCUUAGGGCAUGGUAUAUAUACAGCCCCACUUUUGCACUUUUCAAGGUAUAACAACUUUUAUUAUUUUGCUAAGGGUUAGUAUGUAAUAAUAGUAAAGUUUUCAUUUUAUUCUAAAUUUCAUGGUCAUGUUCUAAGUACAGUAACUGAUUGCUCUCAUAGACAAUAAUUGUUUUCAUAGACUAUAUUUUUAUCAGUGUAUAAUUAUUGUUCUUUCUGUUACUCUUACUAUACACAAUACCUGCUUUUGCCAAAGAAUUACAUAGCAAAAUUAAUUAGGUUCAACUGCAUAUUAUAUAAACUAUGUGUGCACAUCAUGUUUCCUCUGCAGCCAAGUGGCUGUAUAUUCUUACAUUACUUUUAAUUUGUAAAAUAUAUUUUAAAAUAUACAAUAUUUUUCAUGUACAUUUAUGAGAAAAUUAAAUAAUAUUCAGCAACUGAUAAAUUAUUUUUUUAUUCUUUGUUUCUGUAAUAUAUUUUAGUUUCCGUGUUAUUCAUUUUGAAGAAUUUAUGUAAAAUGAUGUUGAGACUUAUGUCAGCUGUCCGUUAUGCCAGAAAUUAUGCCCUUUGUCAGGUACUAGCUAAUCAUAGUGUAAAUGCAUGCUGCAUCAGUGGUGCUUGAAAAUUAUGAUAUAGUAUUUUACCACAUCUGAAACAUCAGUACAGUAUUGUAUACAGAAACAUGAAAUAGUGAUAACACUGCAGGAUGCAUGGAAAGCUUCUAAAUUAUUAUUGCAUAUGUAUUAAACUGUACACAGUACAUGUUUUGUAAAAAACUACUCCAUGUAUUUCAUUAUUGGUAUUUUAGCAUUCAUUAGAAAAUAUACUUGUCUGAAAACUGAUUAUAUGCAAAUCUUUAUUCAUAAUCAUUUUAAACUUGCCCGAACACUGAAAUAUUUUGUUUACAGGAAUGAAAAUUUGUGUUCCUCUAAUACAAAAGAGGUAAACAUGGACUCUUCUUGCAUCAGCCAAUUUAUUAUUGAGAUCUGUUUUAGUGGCAUGUGUGUGGAAUUUAGUAAUAUUUUCAGAAUUCAGAAACAAUGUUAUUUUUCAUGUAACUAUGUGCCUUUAAUAAUAUAAAAAAUAGUUAUUUUUUCCCUUAACUGGAUAAAUCUUUUAAGCUUUUGAUAUGGGCAGGCAACAUCUAAUAUUAUUUUCCUGAUCAGAUCAUUAUUUCUCAAGAUGAUGUAAUCUGUCUGUUUCCUGACAGACAGAGAUGAAGGUGCUUUACUAGUAAUUAAACUGUUUCCUUGUUCUAUUGGGUUCAGUCUUUUCCAGGAAUAUACGGAAUAAUCGUUCUUUUAUUACAGUAGGUGACUUAGCAGUUUUAUGCAUUCUUUAUAACAUAAAAAGAUCCUAAACCUAUCCUAAUCUAGCCUACCCUUAUCUAACCUAAUCUUUCCAGAAAUAUAAUUAUAAUCCUCAUCCUAUUAAGUGAGAUAGCAGUCUUCAUGUGGUCUUCAAGUGUUACAGAUUUAAAUGUCUUGUUUUCCUGUAUUAUUAUUAUAUGCAUCUGUUAAAGAAUUCAAGAUUGUCAUGUAUCUAAAAUUAUGAUGCAAUAAAUAACUGCUGUAGUUCUUUCAAUAUCUUGACUAUACCAUUUUCAACAUGUAGAAUUUUUGUAAUUUCUUAUCCAAGAGAUGAGUGGUUAAAUUUAUUCCUUAAAUAUGCAAAUCAUGUGAUUUCCAAGUCGUGCAGAGAAACUCUCUACAUGAUUUACACAGUAUAUAAAAAUAGUCCUAAUGGUGUUUGUGGCCAUGUCUACACAACAUAUUGUUCCUUGUAAAAGAAAUAAAGUUGCUAUAUUCAGAUUGAUACAGUUUUAAAAUUUAUAAAUUUCCUGAAAAAAAAAAAAUCACGUAUUUUAUCUCUCAAACAAGAAUGUCACAUAAUAUACUUGUACAGUAUAUUACAGUCUUUGAUAAGAAUAAUGCACUUGCACUACAUUCAUCUUAAAAGUAGAAUCUCGUAACAUUGUACACAGAACUCUUCAUGAUAAUUGUAUUCAAGUUUACCAAGGUAGUCUACAGUAUAGCAUCCAACUACGUACAUAAAAUAUUCCAGCUAACCAGGAGCUUAGUAAUAUAAUAAACUCUGUAUUCAUCAACAGUUAAUCAAGGCACUCCAAUACAGCAAAAAUUAAAGAAUUACCGUCAGCUUUCUUAGAAAAUUUCUCUAUACGGUACAUUUAUUGUAAAUUCAACUAAUAAAACGUAUCCAAAAUUUAAAAGCACAUGGGAAGGCCCUCAUAAUACAUGCUGUUCAAUUUUCAAUGCACUUCUUCAACUGCAUUUAAAAAAAUUUACUAUGUAGAAUAACUUUGUAUGCUUACCAUAGCCAUCAGUUUUCAAAUAUAAUUAUUCUUGACAUACAUGUCAAGACACAUGUUAAUUUCUAAGUAAAUUCUUCAUCUUGGUAUCAGAUUUAAAGUAAGACUGGAUAUUAACACUGCAUUGAAUAAUACAUAUUUAAUGUCUUCAUUAAUAGCUAAUCCCUAAACAUUUAGAAACACGUUUCCUAUUAGAUCACUACAAAAUUAUGUGCCGUGUUGACUUCUCUGAUAUAUCAUCAUUGAAAAGUGUAGUAAAACCCUCAGGAUACAAACCUUGAUGUUUGAUUUGAUGACAUUCAAGUUCUUAUAUUGGAAACUCAUUUCCUGUUAAACCUCCUGAGCCAGAGGUGUUCUUAAGUAACUUAACCCCUUUAGUGAAUAACUGAAGCAGUUCUCUUCAAAAACCAGGUGUAUCAGGGCACAAUUCAACCCUAUUAUCAUCUCAAAGUUCUUACCAACUCCUUUUACAUUUUGUUGAAAUGACUUGUGUGAUACUUGGACAUGAAGUUGGUUUAUACCCCUAUCACUUUGAUUAAUGGAGAGGCUGUCCUUCUAUAGAUCUUUAAUGGUAUCUUGAUAAAUACAUUUGCAGUGCUUUUCCUGAACGCUAACUUCUUGAUAUGGCCAUCUUUUCCAAUCUAGAGGAUGUAUAUGACACUUUAUCCACAGUUCAUGCUUUUGACAUAAGCGGCCUCCUCUUUUAAUGCUUAAGUUUUUUUUUGACUUGAGACAUUUUUUCAGGAUCAUAGAAGUCUUUCUCAAAACUUUAUUAAUGCUGAAGGGAUGUACAAUUCAGGAUAUUUUGACAAUGGUAGUGAAGCAUUUCCUUUAAUAAAUGCUCUGAACUGUGUAUAUGGGGGACCAGGUAUUAGCCUGCUUUUACAGCUACUCUUUCUGGACUUUAUUGUCAAGAACUUUAUGAGUUUGGGGGUCUCUUGGUCAUUCCUGGUUGAAAGUUUGUAUCCAGAGUUUUUAUGUCCAUUCAUUAUGGAAUUACCAAGAUGCUUGUUGUGUCUAUCAUCUUUAUUUUCACUGCCUUCAGGAUUCUAUUGAUGAAUUAUCUCUGAUGAUAAUAAAGUUAAUACCUUUGACCAUAGUCCCUCUUUAUGUCCCUUCAAACUAUCCUUCCAGACCCUUUGUGGAAUCGCUUUGUCUACCAUACCUUUCUUUUGUUUCUGUCUUUUAUGUUUUUUUCUCUCGUCUUUGGAAGCCUUUGUGGUUCAAGUCUGCCAUUGACUCUUUGCAUUACCAAAGCCUUGCAUCUUUGCCAUGGACUCCCUCUUGCCCUUCAGCAUUUCUUAGGGCAUUGCCAUGCUACUGUUGUGAACACAAAUGACUUCAAAUCCUCUGCUGUAUGGGAUAUCCAAAUCAAAUCAUAGAAUGGGUGGGACUUGAGUCUAUCAUUAUCAAUAAAACAAGACCUGGCUGUUUUUGUACUUUCAUUUUAUGAUCUUAUUGAUGAAUAAAUCACACGAUAAGUGUCGUUUAACAUGCUAAAGUUGACCAUGAUACCAUUGUGCAACUUAGACAUGAUUAGGAACAGUUAUUUGUGUAUCAAGACUAGGGCCAUAAAAAUUGUACAGUUAAACCUUGUUUAAUGAUUGAUUGAAAAUCCAGCCUGUACAACUACAUAUAUUAAUUAUUCAGUGAUAAAAUUAUCCAUAUUUUUAAAGGAUAUGAAUUUCAUUGGGAUUUGAAAAACCUUAAGUAGAAACAUCACUUCUAUUUUCAUGGGAAAUACUAAACCUGAAGGAAUUAUACAAUUCCCUUGGGAAUAAGGUAUACGUGGAGGGUAUUUCGGGGGUCAACACCUCCGUGGUCUGGUUCAUGACCAGACGAUCAGGUCUGGACUAAAAAUCCUUCCAAAACAUUAAGGUGCCCCUUUUCCAUUGAAAGGAAGAACAGGAACAGCUUAUAACCUUUUUAUGGUUUGUAUCCCAAGUGUUUUAUCUUAUUCACUAUUAGCACAAUGUUUAACCCUUUGAGAACUUAAUUUAUUAUUGCUGUGUUUUUAAAUUGGGUGCCUCCAAAAAAUGCAGUACUGUAUUAGAAAUGCUGAGCUUGAUCAGAGUUGAAUAAUAUCUGGCAAGUCUGUAGAUUCAGUCAAUAGCUCAUAUCUAAAUUCAAAACUUUGUGCAAGAGCAUUUGUAAAGAUGUUGGCAUCUCUAUUAAAAUUAUGAUACUAGCUAUUUUCUAUUUCACCUGAAAUAUUCUAUAUUAUACCAUCAGCAAAUACUGUAAAAGUUAAGGCCCUCAAAAGAUCAUUUUAAGGCUUUAAUAUAGCCCUCAAAAGAUCAUUUCAAUAAUGCUCAGCUAAAUUAACCAAGUCUGAGGAUCUUUUUCAUAUUCUGUACUGUGGAAGGAAAUAUCAAUAAAGCCAUAUAUUCAUAAA